GGCUCCGUUCACGCCAGCAUUUUAUAAGCGACAUCUUCAAACUAGGUGAGGAUCCAUUUUAAGAAGAUUUAUUCCUCUGUGAUGGAGAAGUAUGAAAAAAUUGGGAAAAUUGGCGAAGGAUCCUAUGGAGUUGUUUUCAAAUGCAGAAACAGGGACACGGGUCAGAUUGUGGCCAUCAAGAGGUUUCUGGAAUCGGAAGAUGACCCUGUCAUAAAGAAAAUCGCCCUUCGAGAAAUCCGCAUGCUCAAGCAACUCAAGCAUCCCAACCUUGUCAACCUUAUUGAAGUCUUCAGGAGGAAGCGGAAGCUUCACCUGGUGUUUGAGUACUGUGACCACACUGUUCUCCAUGAGUUGGACAGAUAUCAAAGAGGGGUUCCAGAACAUCUUGUGAAGAGCGUUACUUGGCAGACGCUGCAAGCUGUAAAUUUUUGCCAUAAACACAAUUGCAUUCAUAGAGAUGUGAAGCCAGAAAAUAUCCUCAUCACGAAACAGUCGGUGAUCAAGCUUUGUGACUUUGGAUUUGCUCGGCUCUUGAAGCUGGCUAGGGUCAACACGGUGACAGGUGCUUCUGGUGACAGCCCAGAACAGGAGUUUAACCAGAGAAUAGCGUCCAAGCUGGACACUGGAGUAAAGGGUCUUGUUGGAAAUACUUUUUCUCGAAAGAACAAGGGAACCUCACUAAUUUGUGUAUUGCUUUUGCAGUGCUUCCCUCAGCUGACCAGCGGCGUCCUUCCAGCUCUGGAUAAGAAGAAGCACCACUGUCAUCCCAAGAAGCUGGACUGUCGCUUUCCAAACAUCUAAGGAGCUUGGAGAUUGAUGAUAAAAAAGCAUUACUCGAUAAUUUGAAAAAAUGAAACACACAUUUGAUUGAAAUGACAAUGUUGAAACAUCAUCAGGAGAAAACAGAAGUAACUAACUGGGGGCAGCCACUUGGCAGGAUCCGAAGGGAGAUUCGGAGGCAGACUUCCAUGUGUGAUGGUCGUGUCCAGGACAGCAGGGAAAAGGGUGCUGGGAUUUUCACUUGUGUUUUUGUUGUAUCUAAGUAGCUGAGCUUAUGGACAGAAUAUAAACUGUAUCUAACUACUGCCCAUACCUCCAGCACAUUAGAGAUGU